AUGUCGACUCCACGCCCAGUCCAAUACGAACAACAAGUCUACCAAGCCGGCCUGACCUCUCACACCCCACCCUUUACUUUCCAAUCCACGGAAUGGGAGUCCAAAGCCCACGAAGUGCUGGACUCGAACAGUUGGGGCUACGUGCACGGCAAUGCAGGCACAGGCGGCACAUACAAUAACAAUCUGGAGGCCUUCAAACGCUAUGCAAUGUGUCCCAGUCGCCUGAUUCCCUCGCGCAAAGACAAGGACGGCAAUGAAUUAUAUCCCGACACCAGUGUCGAAGUUCUGGGCCAUAAGUUGCCAUUCCCAAUGGCCAUCGCACCGAUCGGCGUUCAGAAGAUCUUCCACCCUGAAGGCGAGGUCGCAGCGACAAGGGCAGCAGCUGAAGUCGGCAUCCCUUACAUCUUGUCAACUGCAUCCAGUACUUCGAUCGAGGAGGUCGCAGCAGCAAACACCUCGGCGUCGCCAAAGGACGGCCCCGCCGCGGUUCGGUGGUUCCAGCUGUACUGGCCCAGCAGAGCCCAUGACGACAUCACCCUCUCAAUGCUGAAGCGCGCCAAGGACAGCGGAUACACCGCCCUCUUCGUAACACUAGACACCUACGUGCUCGGCUGGCGACCCUCGGACAUGGAUCACGGCUACAACCCCUUUAUCCACCCCGAUCGCAUCGGCGUAGAGAUUGGUUUCACAGACCCCGUGUUCCAAAAGCAGUUCAAGGAAAAGCACGGUCACGACAUCAGCAGAGGACACUUGGACGAAUACGGCAUCACCAAGGGAGCAACUUUCGGAGAUGCAGCAAAGGAGUGGACGAGUAUCGUGUUCCCUGGCCACAGCCAUACAUGGGAGGACGUCAAGUUUUUGCAGAAACACUGGGAUGGCCCUAUUGUGCUGAAGGGCAUUCAAACUGUCGCCGACGCCCGCAAGGCCGCUGAACUGGGUCUCGCGGGCAUCGUGGUGAGCAAUCACGGCGGGCGUCAACAAGACGGUGCCAUUGCCUCUCUGACAAUGCUGCCUAAAAUCGUUGAUGCAGUUGGCGAGAAGCUUGACAUUUUCUUCGACAGCGGAAUCAGAUGUGGAAGCGAUAUCAUCAAGGCACUCGCAUUGGGAGCGAAAUGCGUGUUGGUAGGCAGACCUUACGCGUACGGCCUUGCCAUCGGAGGACAAGAUGGUGUUAAGCAUGUCCUGAACAGUCUGAUGGGCGAUACGAUCAUGAACAUGCAUCUGGGCGGUUUAAGGGGCUUGGAGGAAUUGAAUAGGGAUAUCCUCAUCAAGGACAACGAGGUUUAA